AAAUCGACAUCUCUGUGAUUCUUCUUCAACAACUGGUCCGGCGUGUUUGUUGCACUUGCAUUUAAUUUUCUCAAUUUAAUAUUUGUUAGUAAUUGAACUACAGAAAUGGCUUCCAUCAGCUUGUUGAACCCAAAGGCUGAAUUUGCGCGUGCCGCACAAGCUUUGGCAAUUAACAUCAGCGCCGCCAAAGGUCUGCAGGAUGUAAUGCGAACCAAUUUGGGACCGAAAGGCACAGUUAAAAUGCUGGUCUCCGGCGCUGGAGACAUUAAGAUCACUAAGGAUGGCAACGUUCUGCUGCAUGAUAUGCAAAUCCAACAUCCGACUGCAUCGAUGAUUGCACGUGCGAGUACAGCACAGGAUGAUUCCACAGGCGAUGGAACCACCACCACGGUGAUGUUAAUCGGCGAGUUGCUGAAACAGGCCGACAUUUAUUUGUCGGAGGGCUUGCAUCCACGCAUCAUGGCAGAGGGCUUUGAGAAGGCACGCGACAAGGCGCUGGAAGUGCUCGAGAAUGUCAAGGUGCCAGUCGAUAUCAACAAAAAGAAUCUGAUGGAGAUUGCCAACACUAGUUUAAGAACCAAGGUGCAUCCGCUGCUUGCAGACCUGCUGACGGAGGUUUGCGUUGAUGCAGUGCUGACAAUUUCCAACGAUAAGAAGGUACCCAUCGAUCUGCACAUGGUCGAGCUGAUGGAGAUGCAGCAUAAGACCGACACGGACACACAGCUGGUGCGCGGUUUGGUCAUGGAUCAUGGAGCACGUCAUCCCGAUAUGCCCAAGCGCCUGGAGAACGCCUACAUCCUGACUGCCAACGUCUCGCUGGAGUACGAGAAGGCCGAGGUGAACUCGGGUUUCUUCUACAAAACGGCCGCGGAGCGUGAGGCCUUUGUGCGUGCCGAGCGUGAGUUCAUUGACCAACGCGUGAAGAAGGUCAUCCAGUUGAAGCGUGCCGUGUGCGAUGGCACCAACAAAAGUUUCGUCUUGAUCAACCAGAAGGGCAUUGAUCCCAUUUCGCUGGACGCUCUGGCCAAGGAGGGCAUUCUGGCUCUGCGUCGCGCUAAGCGCCGCAACAUGGAGCGUCUGGCUCUUGCCUGCGGUGGCACUGCCAUGAACUCGUUCGAUGAUCUGCAGGAGGAGCAUCUGGGCUAUGCUGGCUCCGUGUACGAGCAUGUUCUCGGCGAGAACAAAUACACUUUCGUGGAGGACUGCAAGAAUCCGUUGUCGGUGACAAUUUUGAUCAAGGGCCCCAACAAGCACACCAUUACCCAGAUCAAGGACGCCAUUCGUGAUGGUCUGCGCGCCAUCAACAAUACCAUUGGCGACAAGGCCCUGGUGCCUGGCGCUGGCGCCUUCGAGGUGCGCGCCUACAACGAGCUGGUUAAGUAUAAGGACAGUGUUAAGGGCAAGGCCCGUCUGGCCGUUCAGGCGUUCGCCGAUGCAUUGCUGGUCAUUCCAAAGACACUGGCUGUCAACAGCGGCUACGAUGCUCAGGACACCAUUGUUAAGCUGACGGUUGAGGAUAGACUCAGCCCGGAGCUGGUCGGCAUUGACCUGUCCACUGGCGAGCCCAUGAAACCCUCUGACCUCGGCGUUUAUGACAAUUACAUUGUCAAGAAGCAGAUCCUCAACUCCUGCUCCAUCAUUGCCAGCAAUUUGCUGCUCGUUGACGAGGUGAUGCGUGCGGGCAUGACCAGUCUCAAGGGCUAGUGCUGAUUAGCUGGUGUCGCCUCUCUGAGUUUCAUUUAAUAUUAACCAGGCUAACUUAAACUACACACACACACACACACACACA